AUGACUGACUUCUGGAUCAACGACUGCGGAGCAAUUUCGGGCAUCCAUCUCCUCAACUUUUCUUCUUUCUUGGCCAAGUUGGCGUUCACCUGCGUCUGCAAGGAUAGAAUGUGCCAGGUCGCUCUCGUCCUAUUUCGGCGCACAUUUGAGGAGAGACAGGUGCUUCGCAGUUCUGGUGAUCCUGGUGAUCCUGAUGAUGAGGAUCCACACCGGAGCAUGGAUUCACUGGAGAUUAGGCAUUUGUUGCCAUCUGCCACUGCGUGGCUCCGGGAGGCAGAUUGCAAUAUCCUGCAACUCUCGGAGGAGGCGGCAAAAGAGGCCAACGAGAAAACUCUGGAGGAAUCUGCUACCGAUGCCAUCCACGCUAUGGUAAGGGUCGCGGAGAAACGAAACUCUGACAUUCUGAGAGUUUAUCAAACUGCCGGGGAUCUCAUUUACAAGGAUGAAAAUUUCCUGCCAUUGAAAAAGAUUGUGGAGGGGAAAUACCCCUGGCGCGAGGAAACCGAAGACGGGGAAGAGACCGAAGAUCACGAGCGGGGAGAAGACAGCGGGGAGAGCAAAAUGCCGGAAGUGAGUGAAAAGGAAGAGGAGAACGCAAAUGGCAAUUAA